AUGGGUAAUUGCUUAUCCUUAUGUUUAUUGAGAGAAACGUCCAAAAAUAUUUUUAGAUAUUUCGAGAUUUUAUAUAUAAGAUGUUUUAAAAGUUAUAAUUAUAUAAGUUAUAUAAAGUUGAAAUAUAAUAAUAAGAAAGAUGAUAAGAUUGAAAGGAAGAGGAUUAUUACAAGUACUGAUCCUAAUGAGGGUCAUAAAAAGAAAAAAGAGAAUUAUAUAAUUCGAGCUUUUUUGGAUAUGACAAAACAUGAAAAAACAUUAUUAUCUAUAGCUAUGAUAUUUCUUAUAAUAAAUGCUUACACAAAUAUAAGCUAUCCUAGAAUUAUGGGUGAAUGCAUUGAAGUAUCUAAUAAUAUGACAAAUAACAACAAUAUUUUUAAUAACAACAGUAUUAUAUGUAGUAAUACUUUUUCUAAUAUAAAUAUUUUUAAUAAUGUUAUAAAUUUUUUUUUUCAUAAAAUAAGAUUUUUAAAAUAUUAUUUUGUAGAUUCAAAAAUUAUGAACACCAUCAUAUUUUAUUUUCCUUAUUUUAUAUGUGGUGGUAUAGCAUCUUAUAUGAGAAUAUAUUUUACAAAUAAAUGUAUAAAAAAUGUAGAAGGACGUUUAAAAAAACAAAUACAUAAUAAAAUUCUAAUGAAUAAUGAAGAACAGUUUAUAGAAUAUAAGACACCUGAUUAUUUAAUUAAUUGUACUUUUAUAGAAAUAAAAUAUAGCGCAAAAGAAUUAAUUACAUGUAUUACACAAAUAUUUCGUUAUAUUAAUUCUAUAGUAGGUGGAUUAAUAUCAAUGUCAUGUAUCUCUCUUUAUCUUACAAAAUUAUGUCUAUUCAUUAUACCUUUAUAUGGUCUUUCUGUUCUUUUCAUUUUAAAAUCUUUAAAACGUAUAAAAAUUCAAACUACUAAUAUAGAAGAAAAACAAAUAGCUAGAUUUUCAGAUUCUUUACAAAAAAAAAAUAUUAUAUCAUUAUUUGGCAAUGAAUCAUAUGAACAUAAAUAUUUCUGUAAACAAUUACAUAUUCUCAAUAAAUAUGAUCAUAAAUAUAUAACAUCAGAAUCUUUAUUCUAUGCAUUCUUAAAUAUAGGAACAAAUGUUGUUAUAUGUACUAUUUUAUCAUUUGGAAGAUUAGAAUUGUCUCUUCAGAAUAUCACACAUGGUAAACUUGUUUCUUUUAUAGUUUAUAGCACAAUGUUAGGACUAGGUGUAGGAGGCAUAUUAAAAUUAAAAAAGGAUAUAAAUCUUUUACAAUUAAGUUUACAAAAAAUAUAUGAAAUAUUAGAUAUGACAAAAGAAGAAAUAAAGACAAAUAAAAAUGAAUAUGAAUCACAUAACUUAUCUAUACAAGACAAACAAGUGGAUCUACUACAUGAUAAACAAAAAGAGAAAAACCAAAUAAAUAUUAAACAUAAUAAUAAUAAUAAAAAUAAAAAUGAUGAUGAUAAUAAUGAUGAUAAUAUUGUUAUGGAUAAACUACAUUUCAAGUACCCACACAAAUCUUAUAAUAUACCACAUAAUAUUAAAGGAGCCAUAAAAUUUGAAAAUGUCUCCUUCUCAUAUAAUCAUUAUGACAAAGAAAGAAAAAAAUGUGUUUUAAAAAAUAUCAAUCUAGAAAUUAAUUCUAAUGAAAAAGUAGCAAUCAUAGGUAAAAGUGGCUCAGGUAAAUCAACACUCUGGAAAUUACUUACAUGCAAUUUAUCAUAUGAAGGUAAUAUUUAUAUAGAUAAUUUUAAUAUUAAAAAUAUUCAUACAAAUUUUUUGAAAAGAAAUAUUCUCUCUAUCAGUGAACAAGAAUGUUCGAUAUUUAAUAGGACCAUAUAUGAAAAUCUAAUUUAUGGAUUAAUACCCCCCCCACAUAUAGAAAAUAAUAAUAAUAUAAAUAUAAAUAAUAUAAAUAAUAUAAAUAAUAUAAAUAACAUAAAUAAUAAUAAUUAUUAUUAUAUUUCAAAAUGUAUUUUUCAAAAUAUUAAUCCACAACAUAAUAUUCAUAAAAAAAUUCUAAACAAUAUUCAAACAACAAAAUAUUAUAAUUCACAGAGUUAUCAAAAAAAUAAAGAUUCCAACUCUGAUAAUAUAACUCAUUCUUAUCAACCACAAUAUCAUUAUGAUCAUAAUAUUUCAUGUGACAAAGAUAUAGAUAAUACAAAUACAAAUAAAUAUCAAAAUUAUUAUAUAGAUUUCUUAAAUGCAUAUGAUGAAGAUAAAUUAAAUAUUAUCAACUCCUCCAUUAAUGUAUUAUGUGAAGAACUUGACUUAAAAGAUUUUAUUCAUUCUAUGCCUCAUAAUAUACAUUCAAAUAUUCAAUAUAAUAAUAUGUCAUCAGGACAAAAACAAAGAUUAUCUAUUAUAAGAUCUCUUAUCAAGGAUACUCCUAUAUAUAUAUUCGAUGAAAUUACAUCUUUCUUAGAUGAAGGAAAUAUAAACAAAUUACAAAAACUUAUUGAUAUUUUAAUUCCUAAUAAAACUAUUAUAUAUAUUACACAUUCAAUUCAUAUUCUCAAUAGAAUGGAUAAAAUUAUUAUCUUAGAUGAUGGUAAUAUUAGGGCCGUUGGAACAUAUGAACAAAUUAAAAAUGAUAAGGUUUUUAUGGAUAUAUUUUCUCUGCAUAACACUGCUAUAUAA